AUGGCAAACUUCGAAAAGGCCACUCCGUCGAAAGAUGACGAAGUUAGUCGUGACUCCUUUGAUACUCCCGCCGUUGGGCAACAGCCAGUGAAAUGGUACCGAUCAACCUUCUACAAUGCCAUAAUUCUUGGGCUCUGCAAUCUUCUCGCCCCAGGCAUCUGGGGUGCAAUGAACUCAUUGGGUGGAGGAGGGGAGGAGAGACCGUAUCUUGUCAAUGCCGCAAACGCCCUCACAUUUGCCCUCAUGGUAGUCUCAUGCUUUUUUUCCAGCAUAUUCGUGCGCUUCAUUGGAAUCAAAUGGACUUUGAUCGUAGGAACAAUGGGGUACGCACCAUACGCAGCCGGGCUAUAUGUGAACAACCGAUUCGGCGACCAAUGGCUGGUGCUCCUCGGUGCAGCACUGUGUGGUUUGUCGGCGGGUAUUUUCUGGGCGGCUGAAGCAGCUAUCGCACUUGCGUACCCUGAGCCCUAUAAUCAAGGGCGAUUCUUGGGCUUCUGGCUCAGCUUUCGGGUUGGAGGACAAAUUCUCGGAGGUGCUAUCAGUUUGGGAAUCAAUGCUCAUCGUGCGUCCGAGGGCAGUGUUUCAUAUGCUGUAUACCUCGUCUUCAUUGUGCUUCAGGCUUUGGGGCCCUUUGCUGGCUUGCUGUUGAAUAAUCCGUCCCAGGUCCAGCGAAAGAACGGUGUCCCUGUUCAACUUCGAGUCACGAAAGGCGUCGGGUAUGAGAUUCGGGCUAUGUUGAAGCUCUUCGUCAGUCGCAAAUUUCUUCUGCUCAUCCCUUUUAUCUGCCAAGCGGUCUACACAGAAGCGGUAAUGUUCUCAUACGAAGAUUUGUGGUUCUCUGUGCGCUCAAGAGCUCUGGGCUCUUUUUUGUCUGGUGUGGUUGCUUUAGUCAUCGGAAACCUGCUGGGAUUCAACAAGACGGACCCUGUGUAUGACUGGGUCGAUGCUGGGUUCGGAAGGCCCUUUGCUCUCUUCAUUUUCUGGGUUGCUGGGUUUCAACUCAAUUACAUGUAUCUGUUCUUCCUGGUCGGAAAUCUCGCCGAUGAUCAUGAAGAAGUCGUUCGAAUCGCUGGCUUACUGCGGGGAACAGAGUCUGCCGCCCAGUGUGUUAGCUACGGCCUAAGCAGCGUGUUCAUUAUGGCUUCCGUCGGAAGCGUUUAUUUCAACUUUGGCCUCUGGGCAAUCGCGAUUCUGCCUGCCUGGCUUAUUGUUCGACAGGUCGGACAUGCUUUCGGCGAUAAGAAAAUCGACAGGGAGACUCGUGCCUUGCGGGACACUUCUCUCAAUUAG